AUGGGUAUCAACAAUCCUAUCCCUCGGUCUUUGAAAUCAGAAAGCAAAAAAGCUGCUAAAGUACUGGCAAGUUUCGUCAAGCCUAAUCAAAUUCUGGGUGCAGACUCUGUGAUUCCACCUAAAGUCUUGAAAAAGGCUAAGGGCCUGGCAAUAAUCACGGUAUUGAAGGCAGGCUUUUUGUUCAGCGGCCGUGCCGGUUCUGGAGUGAUUGUGGCACGUUUGCGAGAUGGUUCAUGGUCCGCACCAUCAGCAAUUGCCCUUGCGGGCGCUGGAGCCGGUGGUCUUAUUGGUAUAGAGCUUACAGACUUCGUUUUUAUUCUCAACACCGACGAUGCUGUCAAGUCUUUCUCUGAAUUUGGUACUAUUACUUUAGGCGGUAACGUGUCUGUAGCAGCUGGCCCCCUGGGAAGGAAUGCGGAAGCAGCAGCAUCUGCAUCGCUUGGAGGUGUUGCAGCAGUCUUUGCCUAUUCCAAGACCAAAGGUCUCUUCGCAGGGGUCUCCGUUGAAGGUUCCGUUAUUAUAGAAAGAAGGGAAGCAAACCGGAAAAUAUAUGGCGACAAAUGCAAAAGCAAAAUGAUUUUGACCGGUCGCGUAAGACCUCCCCCGGCCGCAGAUCCACUGUUCAGAGUUCUUGAAUCCCGUGCAUUCAAUUUCGGCGACAGAACAAGAGAUUCUGGAUUUGAUGAUGGCUUUUAUGACGACAUCCCAUCCUCUUUUGAGUCCAAUGACAUGGAUUCCAAUCAACCCAAUACAAGGUCUUCGCGAAGACGUGGGGACUCACUACAAUCAUCAAGAUCAAAUCGUGACGAUUUUGACGACGAUUUUGGAGAAAGCGAUCCUAAUGAUGUUAGCGGAUAUUACUCUAAAGUUAGAAACCAAAAAACUGGUACUCGGUGGGAAGAUGACGUUUACGACAGAGAUAUAGAUGAUUCUGCUCCGAGGCUUGGCGGUUCAAAAACGUCAAGUGCGCCAUCCAGACCCAGGAGUGAAAAACCUGAUUUUGGACUUUCGUCGCCUGCAGCAGGUUCCAGAAGUGCUAGGGAUGCUUCGUCUGGUGCUCCUAAAGCAGUAGCGCUGUUUACUUUCAAAGGUGAGCAGAGCGGUGACUUACCAUUCAGGAAGGGCGACGUGAUUUCCAUUUUAAAAAAGUCUGACUCCCAAAACGAUUGGUGGACAGGCCGGAAUAAUGGUCAAGAAGGGAUUUUUCCCGCCAACUACGUGGAGCUGGUAUAG